AUGCGUUUGUCGCAAGCUCAUUUAUUUCACACGUAUCUCAUAUCUCCCACGCGUUUGUCUUUAUCGCUUUUGUAUUUACGAGUUCGUCUUUAUUUCUCAUAUCCCAAACGUUCGUCUUUAUCUUCUUUAUCUCGCACCUACGUCUUAAUCUCUUUAAUUCUCAGGCCUACUACAUUGUCUCUUUUAUCUCACGCAAUUGUCUUUAUUACCUUUAUCCCUCGCGACUGUCUUUUUACAUCACGCCUACGUCUUUAUCUCCAUUAUCUCACGCGAUCGUCUUUAACGCCUUCAUCUCACACGAUCCGUUCGUCUACAUCUCCUUUAUCUCACGCGCUCGCCUUUAUCUACUUUAUCUCACGUGAUCGUCUUUGUCUCACGCGAUCUUCAUUUAUUUCACGUGACCGUCUUUAUCUCACGCACACAUCUUUACCUCAUUUAUCUCACGCGACCGUCUGUAUCUCACGCGUACAUCUUUACCUCAUUUAUCUCACGCGACCGUCUGUAUCUCACGCGUACAUCUUUACCUCAUUUAUCUCACGCGACCGUCUGUAUCUCACGCGUACAUCUUUACCUCAUUUAUCUCACGCGACCGUCUGUAUCUCACGCGUACAUCUUUACCUCAUUUAUCUCACGCGACCGUCUGUAUCUCACGCGUACGUCUAUAUCUCAAGCGAUCGUCUUCAUAUCACAUACGUCUUUAUCUCCUUUAUCUCACUCGACCGUCUUAAUAUCACGCAUACGUCUUUAUCUCCUUUAUCUCACUCGACCGUCUUAAUAUCACGCAUACGUCUUUAUCUCCUUUAUAUCACGCGUCAAUUUUUAUCUACUUUAUCUCCAGCGUUUCUCUUUAUUUACUCCAUCUCACGCCAUCAUGUUUAUCUCCUUUAUCUCACGCUUACGCCUUUAUAUCCCUUCUCCCACGCGAUCGUCUUUAUCUCACGCGAUUGCCUCUAUCUAACUCGUUCGUCCUUAUAUCCCUUAUCUCACGUGAUCAUCUUUAUCUCUUUUUUCUCACGCAUACGUCUUUAUCUCCUUUUUCUCACCUUUAUUUCACGCGGUCGUCUUUAUCUCCUUUAUCUAACGCAAUCAUCUUUAUAUCACGUGUACAUCUUUAUCUCAUUUAUCCCGCGCGCCUAUCUUUAUCUUCUUUAUCUCACACGAUGGUCUUUAUAUCACGCGUUCGUCUUUAUCUCUUUUUUCACACGCGACCAUCUUUAUCUCUUUCAUCUCCCGCGACCGUCUUUAUAUGACGCGUACUUUUCAUCGCCUUUAUCUAACGCGAUAGUCUUCAUAUCACGCGUUCUCUCUCCUUCUCUCUUUCCCUCAUUUCUUUCCUUUCUCUUUCUCUCUCUCUCUCUCUCUCUCUCUCUCUCUCUGCCAAUCUCUCUCACUCCUCCUGUAUUUCCUAAUUACGACUUUUCUUCUCACUACCAUUUUUCCCACUUUUUCUUCAUAUUUUUAAAAUUUUUCUUCCCUUCUCUUUCUCUCCUUCCUUCUUUCUCUCUAUACUCUUUAUUCUUCCUUUUUAUUUUUCUCUCUUUCAAUUCUAACUUUCUCUCUCCCUCUCUCUUCCUUUCUGUUGCCUCUCUCUCUCUCUCUCUCUCUCUCUCUCUCUCUCUCUCUCUCUCUCUCUCUCUCUCUUGUCCCCCUCUUUUGUGCAUGGAGUCAUUUACAGGGAUAUUCACGCGAAUUAUCACCCUUUACACAUCAGUGGAUCGAAUUUUAAAUACCUAA